AUGAAGGCAGCGAGAGCAGCACCGGCAAGACCGACAGUCAGUCCAACGGGGCCAGCAGUGGCAAUGGGGGCAGCAGCCUCAGAGGUGGAAGUGCCGGACGUGCUGCUGGCACUGGACGACGAGGUGCUGGAGUCGGAAGUUGUUGAGGAAGAGGUGGUCGAGGUGGAGGUGGCAGUGGAAGUUGAGGUAAUGCCAGAAGACGACGCACUGACAGAGGCGCUGGUAGAUCCGGUCACCGAGGCACUGCUAGAUGGGACAGUGGUGAAAGAAAUGGCACCAGAGCUAGAUCCAGGAAUGAGGGUACUGGACUCGCCAGUCUCGCCCGCUGGGGUCGAGACUGCGGGCUGCUCAGAAGUUGCGACAGCAGGUUGCGAGGUGGCAGCAGCAUCCUGCGAGGUAGCGGCGUCAGGCUGGCCGGUGACAACGCCCAAGGUGUUGGUCUCCGAGGCGAAGCUAACAGCAGGGUUCUCCUAUGAAGUGAGUGGUCAGGAUGCUUCAAUGCGAGAUGGUCAAGGCUCAGACGGGUAUUCUUACCACAGGAGCAGAAGACUGCUGGGCAACAGCCAAAGCCGAGAAGGCGAGGAGGAGGAGAGAAGAGUGCAUUUUUCCGGGGAUGUAUGGGAAUAG